UAUGUACUAACUGCACAGAUCCAGGAGUUGUGGACCUAUCUGAGGUUUCACGUGUAGCUCUUUCAACUAGUGCAUAUAGUAGAUUGCAUUUUUUCAUCUUUUCUUGUCUAGAUGAAGAGCAGUUGUCACCUCUAACUUUGGCACAUCUUAAAGAUACGACUCCACCUUGCUUCUAGUGUGAACCUCAAGUUAGUUGUUUCGCUGCAUCACAGAACAAGCAACAAAAUGGCAAAAAAAGACAAGGCUGAGGCUACUAAAGCAGGGGCCACAACAGGAUCAUCCUCCGCCACCUCUAGGAAGCCUAAACCUUCAUCGUCCUCUUCCGACGCCGUAAACAACACGGAGGUAAAAAAGUCAAUGAAAAAGAAGCCGAUGAAGAAGAAGCAGUCUAAAAAAGACGGCGAAGAUAACACUACUGCCGAAGUAGACCAAGACGUGGUGGAUCCAGCGGAGGCCCAAAGGCGUGAGGAACAAAGAGAGAUACAAAAGCUAGUCCUGCAACUUCAAAAAGAAGGUGUAUCUGCAGAGGAGAUUAAGCGACGGAAAUACAAGUUGAAAACCGAUUUACGCUAUUCCGCAGAAGAGCGUAGGGACUACUGGCGUGACCAAAAGAGGAAAAAUGCAGAGUUUUUAAAACGACAAUUGACGACCGGCGAAAACGAAGCGAGUAAUGUUGCUGGAGGGACAUCUGCUGCUACAGCUUCUACCUCAAGUACUACAACACCAAAGAAAAAUGAUCAUGCGGAAGAUGGACAAGGUGAAUCCACUACUGCUGCUGCUGUUGCGACCACGACAGCGACUGCAUCAGCCAGCUGCUGCUCAACCUCUUCAACAAAAGAUGUUGAUAUGCAAGAACAUGCUGAAGCCAAGAGGACCCAUACUAAUGCCGAAGACGACGACGAAGAAGAAGAAGACCCUCCACUCCCCACGAAAAUGCACGAUGUAAUCAUUAUCCCGAUUGUCUGGCGUGGUAGGCAUGACCGAGGCCAAUUACUCAAUGCCGCGGAAGACGUGAAAAGUUGUCUAGCGCAGCAAAAGAUCGAUGCGUGGAUAGAUUCUAGACGGCAACAUACACCAGGCCAAAAAUUUGCGUUUUGGGAACAUAAGGGUGUAAAAUGGAGAGUCGAGAUUGGCCCUAAAGACUUCGAAAGGGGGAAAUGCUGCGUCUGUAAACACCCAGAUGUGCCAGGAGACUUCAAAAACACACAGAAAACGUACUAGUUGUUUUUUCGUAGUUUGAGUUUUACUACUUGAAUGAUUUUUUCGGGACUAGGGCGAGUAGAGUUUUUCUUCUUCUUUGUUGCUGAGUGCCUUUCGGAUCAUGACCUUCUGCUCCCGCGAAAGUAUACUUUUCUACGACAAAAUACUUUUCUACUUCCUAACAGUUUUUCCCACGUUUUGCGACCAUUUUCACAGGUUCGUUCCCCUUCCUCCUGCUGGUGCUCGGGAGUUGCUGAAGCAACUAAGACAGUUUGGACUGUCGAAAUUAGAUGACGUUAUCAGAGACGAUGGCUCAAUGGAUGAGGAAAAAGUUUUUCGCGCGCCAGACCUGGAUUAUUCCACUCUUUACUUAUGGCCAAUGUUGAAUAGAUACUAGAAUCAUAAAAGAUUGUUAGUAUUUUUGAAAUGAAUAGAUACUAGAAUCAUAAUAGUUAGUCUCAUUUUUGAAUCAUAGUUAGCCUGGUUUGAAGAUACUCUACACUUCACUUGUGUUGGUUCGGGAAGAACAGCCUUAGAUGGAGGUGGAAGAAAGCUUGUUUGUGUGAAUUAUGGACUAAAUUGAGUCUGUUGUACGACAGAGACAGUAACACGUGUGUUGUAAAAAUAGUCUACUAGAUGAUUUGUGGAACAAGAUUUCCAAUUUGUGGAAGAUUUUUUGUUGUGGUUUCUAACUUUUGACCGAUCCAAGGAGGUUGGCGGGACCGUGGCGGAUUACACGCACAGGUUUGGCGGCACUACCAGAACAGAGGUGGAGCAGCAUCAGGAGGGUGGCAAGAAAAACAAAUUUGGAGGUGGUGGAGUAGAAAAGCCUACGGCUGAAAUGGACGCCGCAGCUUUAGUUAAGGCUCCCCCUAAUCCAUCUCCAGAAGCAUCUCGCGGCCGUCCUCCCAUAAGGGGAACUAAAGAGGUCGCAGGUGGAUCUCAGCAUGGAUUAGGGCGAGCUCUAAUUUAGCGCUUUUGAUGAGUAAAACCACGAGUACUGGGGAUGCCUUGGAAGAAAAUUUCCUACUGUCCUCCUCAAAUAAGAUGAAAGGAGAUGAACAACAAGGUGCGGCUAACGGUAAAACUUCCGCUUUGGAUUAUCGUGCAGCUGGAAAUAUGAAGAAAGGAGGAAAGACGAAGAAUGCUGGGUCAAAGAAAAGUGGGGUCAGAAAAUAGUAGGAACUAAAGAAUGUUGUUGGCGGGGUAGACAUUGCCGCUUAGUAAAUUUGACGCCGUCUUUGCACACGCACACCUUCUAAGUAAACGCUUUUCUCUCCUGAUGUCUCCAACUAUGUAUAAGCGUGUAACUGCUGAUGGCCAUCUUCAGGUCCCUUAUCUGAAACAAAAUGCACCAAUGAGGAAGGAAUGUCUCCAUCUCCUUUGUCCUGAAGUCAGAAGUGUAGGAAACAAUCCAUCUGCGCAGACUCCUUCUCUAGUCGUGUCGAAACGCCGUUCGGCUCUACCAUUAUAU